AUGAAGUGGAUCAGCUCGGUAUGUCUGCUGGCUUCUACAGCUCAGGCAGCACUUUCGUACAAGGCAGAUUAUCAAGUGGAUCUCGUCUAUUCGCGUUUUUCUGACGCGCUGGUGGGCAACAAACUGCCAGAUGUUCCCGAAACUCAGGCUCAACAGGAGGCCUCUGACUUCAUGUCCCUCAUUAUUUCGAACACGGAUGUUUACAACGUUAUGUCUAUCGCCCUGGACCUGCUUGUCUUUGGAGACGGUUUUUCCGAGGAGCUGUUUCCGGACUUUGUGUCUCUCAUCAGACAAAAUGUCGACCGGUACCUUGGGUCGUCGGACUUUUCCUCCGCUGCCUCAGGCUGGUCUACCUGGAAGUCUGACUUCAAUACUGGGGGUGCUUUGAAGGACGCUUCCAGUGCAAUGUCUGCCUUUAUUCUGCUCUACAGCAGUGAAACCACUCUUGCCGAAAACACACUUAUGAGUCCUAGUUACGCCAUUGCCACCAAUGCUUUGACGUACCUUCUCAAUGCCUUGGGGGUUGUCACCGUUGCCGAUAUUGAUUAUACUCCUACCAUUGUCCGUGUUACUACCUUCGAGUCAACUUCUGAGUCUUCUUCCAGUGUUGAGUCUUCCAGUGAGUCUUCCAGUGAGUCUUCCAGUGAGUCUUCCAGUGAAUCAACUUCUGAGACAGCUUCAGAGUCGACUUCUAAGUCAGAACCAACUCCCGUGCCUGAUUCGACUUCUGCAGUUGAGCCCACUCCCGAACCUCAACCGACUCUCAUCCCACAAACCACAUCUAUUCCUAUUCCUAUGACUUCUUCUUCUUCUUCUUCAGAGCCUUCUUCCACUAUCGUCUCUUCCAGUCAGGUAUUCUCUUCUCCUUCUUCAUCCUCCUCUUCUACUUUGUCUUCCAGCCAGGUACCUUCGUCUUCCAUUCAGAAGCCCUCUUCUACCUCUUCCAGUCAAGUACCCUCUUCUACUUCGUCUUCCAGUCAGAAGCCCUCUUCUACCUCUUCCAGUCAAGUACCCUCUUCUACUUCGUCUUCCAGCCAGGUACCUUCGUCUUCCAGUCAGAAGCCCUCUUCUACCUCUUCAUCUUCCAGUCAAGCAGCUUUCUACUCCUUCAUCAUCUUCUUCUUCCACUAA